GCGUUUACCACAGGGUCUGUGCGACAUGCGACAGGCAAACACAUGUAAUGCGCUCGUGGUGGGGAAAACAAACAACACAAGCAAGACAAGAAGCAAGCAAGCAACAACAAAGCGGCUGCUUGAGCCAGCGUAAGCACCUCCAACCACACAUCCACCGCACCUCCAACCACACAUCGACCACACAGCAACCACACACCAGCAGUACAUCAUGUCUGCGUUUGAGAGUGAGGAGCAGCGACUUGCGUACGAGCUGCUAUCUUCGCAGGUACAUCCGCACAGGGCCAUGGACAUUGUGGAGCGCCAGUACACGCGCUCCUACCACGCCGUGUACAAAGGCGCCGAGCCCGUCGCCGCAGCCACCAUCGGCUCCACGCUCUGGUCCAUCGUCGGUGGGCAGGUGGUCACCAACACCGUCAAGAAGCUCAAGAAGCGCAAGGAGGACAACCGCCGCGUCAUCGUCACCGUCUCCCUCGCAGGCCUCAAGCUGGAAGAUGAUCAGGAGAUCUUGGCGUUUGAGACUCUGAAGACCAUCACCCACGUGUGCCUGGACCCCUCCGAUGCGAAGCGCGUUGCAUACCUCUCCCACUACCCGCGUCUCGGCCUCUUCUACUGCCACAUCAUCAAGUUCCGAGACAAGACCCUCGCCUCGAAAUUCCUCAACCACACCACACAGCUGUGCACCCAAGCCAAGCGCCGGUCCUUCUCUGAGCUCGGCUCGUCUUCUGUUGUGGACGACGACGAAGACGACGACAUGCGGUCGGUGGACUUUGGAUUUGAGGACGAAGGGGAGGAGGCAACCGGAAUUCGCAAGCAGAUUGAGUCGCUCUACGGCGCAACCGUCGCCAUUGCAGAGCUCGACUACAUCUCCUCUGCACCCCUCACGCAGGUUGAGCUGGCGGACGCGUACAAGGACGACUGCGACCACCUGCAGCUCAUCAUCGACACACACCUCGGCAAACUCCAGCGGGAGAAGCAGGGCUCUGUCAAGUCGCUCACGCGUCGCAAGUCUUCCAUUCGCCGCAUCAAGAACAACGAGGCGCAACACGUCAUCCUGAUUGCGUCGAUGGAGGGUAUUCGCGUCGUCGACAGCAAGAGCAAGGAGGAGUUCUUGUUCCAUUACAUCAAGGAGGUGAAGCUGUGGGGCCACGUGUGCAUGGGCAAGGAGGAUCGCGCGUUUGCGUUUGUGUCGUGCGACGCCCACCUCCAGAGCAUCUCCUGCCACAUGUUCUUCACCCGAAACGCACAGGACGCCCGCGAGCUCGCGGCAAACGUUGGCAAAGCGGUGGAGGCAAGCAACAAGAUGGACGCGCUUCAGGGCGGUCAGCCGUUCAUGCCCGUCGCGCGCACAAAAGGCGAGCUGACCGGUGCGUUGUCGCGACUUGAAGUUGAUCGAGACGAAAUCCACAUGUUGCGGCCCAUCGGCGCUGGGCAGUUUGGUGUUGUGUUUGAGGUUGAGCACCAGCUGCCAGGAGUGCCGACGCCGCACAUUCGCGCAGUGAAAGCGCUUCGCCAGGGCGCAUCAAAGUUGCACAUGAUUGACUUUGUGCGGGAAGCAGAGAUUCUGUCCGAACUGGCGCAUCCCAACAUCGUCCGGCUCGAGGGCCUGUGUCUGCAGCAGCAGCCCUGGCUACUCAUCGAAGAACUCGUUCCCUACGGCGAUCUUGAUUACGUUCUCCGGGUUGGCCUCGAGCGACGCGUCAACAUCAAACUCCCAGAAGUCUUCCACUAUUCCCUCCAGAUCCUUGCCGGCCUGUCGUAUCUGCUUGAGAAGCGGCUGCUACACCUCGACAUUGCUGCCCGCAACAUGCUCCUUGGCGCCCGAAAUGAGGUCAAGAUUGCCGACUUUGGCAUGUGCCGCCGCCUUCCAGAGGGCAAAACCUCCAUUGUCGUCAAAGAGCUGCCAAAGGUUGCGACGCGGUGGCUUGCUGUUGAGGCGUUUGACGAGCACCGCCUGUCCGAGAAGAGCGACACGUGGGCGUUUGCUGUCACCGUGUGGGAGAUCUGCACACAGGGCGGCAAGCCGUACAGCGACGUGCACUUCCUCCAGGUUGCGCGCGAAGUGAGGGAGGGGCGACGACUUGAGCAGCCGCGUGUGUGCUCAGAGCCGCUGUGGGAUGUGCUGAUGCGCUGCUGGCACAAGAAGGCGGAGCGCCGGCCCACGUUCAAGGAGGUCACACAGCUGCUGCUGGAUGCAAAGAAGAGGACGGAGACGCCUGACGCUGAUCGCGAUCUUGGACGCGUUGUCUUCUCGCGCACCAUGGGAAAAUCCUUCAAGCACCAACAGCAGCUGCACCAACAGCAGCGCCCACCCUCUCCCUGACGUCACACAAGCGUGUGUGUGUGUGUCUGUCUGUCUGUCUGUCUGUCUGUCAUUUCUUUGCGUGUGAAACUUCCUGCCCCUGAGUGGUUUUGAUCCUUGUGCUUCUUGCGCCGCAUUGCUUGUCACUAAUUAUCACUUUGUUUCAUUGUUCAUACAACGUUGCCACCUGGGUGACACGACCGACCCCGGUUGAAGUGAGCCCUCAUAAACAUUGAGUUGCAUCAUAAAUAC